UCCCUGUCUCCUUUCCCUUUCUUGUCCCAGCACCAGUCCCUCCUUCAGGUAUCGCUCGGGGCUUUCCCGGAAAGCAGUGGCGGAGCCGAAGAAUAAAAGCAUGUGAGUCACUGGAGCGGCGUGGCAGUGAUUCCUUGCCGCCGCUGCAUCCCGAGCUGCGUUCCCGAUGAGCCGCCGCGUCCUCUCCGUUCUCGCCCUGACUGCAGGGGUGUCCGUGGCAGCGGCUUCGGCAGGCUUCCAGCUCCUCUGCCAAGGAGAUGAGCACCCCGGGGAGAAAAAGACCAGCAAGAAAAAGGAAAAGGCAACCAUGAGCUGCCUAGGGGAAAGCAGAAGGCAUAUCAAGCCAUGCAACCUGACUGGCUGGUGGGAGAACGAUCUGGGCUCCAAGAUGCAAGUGUUCAAGGUUGGCAAGGACGGAACCUUCUCUGGCGAGUACCAUACCGCUGUGUCAAGCACCAAGAAACCCAUCCAGCUGUCCCCGCUGACUGGCUCCCAGCACCUGGAUGAGGAUGGACAGUGCACCUUUGGCUUCACUGUCAACUGGAAGAAGUUCUCAGACUCCACAGCCGUCUUCGUGGGCCAGUGCUUCAAUGGGGAUGAUGGGAAGGAGGUCCUGCACACCUCCUGGCUGCUGCGGGAGAAAGUCGACUCGGAGUCAGAUAACUGGAAAGCCACCAGGUGAACCAAGGACCGGCCACAACACUUUCACUCGAAUGGACUGAAAGAGGGGAAGAAGCAUCUUAUCCUGGACACACUCAGGAGACAGGAGUCCCCUCAGCACAAUCAGCGUGUACCAGCCUGCUCUGAUGUUUCCAGCUCUGGAGGAAGAUGUCUCAAAAAAACCCAAAUAAAAUUAAAGAUGUGCAAACACAA